AUGCUCUUGUUAUUGCCGGAUCGUGCUCUGCCUGCCGCUGCUGGCGAGUUCGAAGAGGAAGAAGACCGAAGGAAUUUCGGGUUCAUGUUUGCUACGUCUGACAGAUUCAACUUCGUCGCGGCCUCCGUAGAAGGAACUCCGGCGCCAUACCUAUCCUCCCAUCCAAACCCUUCAUGCCGAUACCCAACCCCGCCGCCAACCUCCCUUUGCCGCCGUCAAGGCAAACCGGAAAGAGAAGGAACUCCAAUCGUUGCCACAGAAGGAACUCGGACCAGAAAGACGGACAGAGGACACGAUCCGACUAUCCUAACAGUGGGACGGAUUUAA